AAAUGUUCAAAUUAACCUUUGCUGUUUUGGCUGCUGUCCUUUUGGUCGGCCCCGCCUUGGGUGAGGUUUACAACCGCUGCUCUUUGGCCCGGGAAAUGUACAAAUUGGGUGUACCCAAGGAUCAAUUGGCCCGUUGGACCUGCAUUGCCAAACAUGAAUCUGAUUACAAUACCAAAGCUGUCGGCUCUUUGAAUUCGAAUGGCUCCCGCGACUAUGGUAUCUUCCAGAUUAAUAACAAAUACUGGUGUCAACCACCCAAUGGUGCCUUCUCCUAUGAUGAAUGUAAAAUUAAGUGUGAUAGCCUUUUGGUCGAUAGCAUUGAACCCUCCGUUAAGUGUGCCCAAUUGGUGUUGAAACAACAAGGCUGGACUGCCUGGUCCACCUGGAAAUACUGUGAUGGUACUUUGCCCAGCAUUGAUGAUUGUUUCUAAACUGGAAAAGUGUUG